AUGGCACCGCCAAAGCAAGAGUUCCAAGAGUCGCUGAAGCACAUGAGACAAGGUGGCAGCGCACGCCAAGGCGGCUCAGCCUCAGACAGGAAGUCGCGCGUGAGAUUUGCUUUGAGCGAGGCGCAUCUUAGGCGAGCCAGGAAACACAUGGCUGAAGCCCGUUGUGUAGCUCUCUUCCGCGACGAGCGCAAGGGGCGGCUGCUGGUCCGGUAUCGCGCAUGCCUGGGUGACGACUUCACUGUCGUCAGUGGAGUGCUGGGGUUGAGACCGUGUGAGGGAUCUGGCGAUGAUCUCUCAAAGGUCACAAAGGUGAUUCUCACAGACUUUUGCACUCCUCACCAAGGCCUUCUGCGGAACUGCGCCUUGCCAGACCAAGAGAAUGUAGAUCCUGCUAGUCUGGAAAUUGAAAUCCGCAAGAAAGUCACCAUGGUCGUUUCAGAUGCAGCCGCUGCAGAGCUUGUUUCAGGCGAUAUCCUACGGGGACGCAGAGCCUAUGCAUGCAGUGGCCAGCUGCAAGCGGAUUUCCCUAACAUUCGCAUCGUGGGCCGCGACAUUGCGCACGCGAGCACCAGGUUGUUGAAGAGACCCCUGUGCCACCAUGAGACACUUAAGAGUCUGACAUCUGAAUUCGUCACUGCUUCUGACAGCUUUUGCCAGAAGGUGUUUCAUUCAAAUGUGUUCAAAGGUUGGUGGGCCGAGGCGCUAUUACACAAGGAGGAUGAAGAAUUCACCACUGGCAGUAGCAUCAGCGCAGCUAAGCAUCGGUUCAGCUCAUACGCUCUCCCACUGGGACGUUUGUGCCGGAACAGUGUGGCGAUGGUGGCUGUGUGCCAACGCAUUGAUGCGAUGAGGGGUGAGAACGCGCUAUGGGCUGGGAAGCUGUUGAGGAAUUUGACUGGGAGAAAAAUGCUGCUUUUAAGCGUGUGCGCGGACGCAGCGCACACAAGUCUGGAUUUCACGCGGUUUGCAGAUGAGGAAUCGUCUGACAUCGCCCAGCUGAAUCAGGAAGCAGAUAAAUUUUGCAGGACAAUUCGCACUCUUUUUGUCGAUGGAAGAGUCACUGAAUUGCCUACCUUCACGAAGGACAUGAUCGACACCCUGCAAAGAGGCGACCUGACUGUCAUGCUGGAUCGAUGCCCUCGCGAAAUUCGCAUCACUCAGGAGGACAAGGUGUAUGCUUUGAAGGUCAUGCAGGAAUGGGCUGUUGCAGCAGAAGCCAGUGUGGAAAGUGAAUUUCCCAGUUGGCACUUGCUGUCUUGCUUUUCAGUUUUCAAUUUGCAAAGCCGUCGCGACUCUCGCCAGCAGGAUUCAUCGACUGUGAGGGCCUGUCUGAGGAAGUUAGCCAAAGCUUUCAAUGUUUGCCCUGAAGCCUUGCAAAAGCAAUAUGUUGGGCUCCUUCCUGUUGCCGAGGCGUUGCACAAACAAGGGUCGAUGGUCAACCGAGCGGCCUGGACAGAGGCGAUUCGAAGAACAGUGUCGAGGCAAAAAGUUCGAGAACGACACGCGCCGAAGGAGCUCUCCGAGGUCCUAUGCGGCUACUUCACAUGGUCCGCAAGCACUUCUGGCGUGGAGCAGCUCUUUUCCAAGAUCAAAAGAUCUCCGGUAGAGCUCGCUUCGGCGUCUGUGGACACCGACCGGCACUUGGCGAUCGUCAUGGGUGAUGAUGCGCAGGGAAUGAAGUCCGAUGAAGACACCCUCAUCACCGAAGCGCAGAAGCUUUACGUGGGCUUGCUUCGCUCGGGGAAAGCGCGUGCUUCUGCAAAGACCAGGAGGUUGGAUGCGGGCAGCAAACGGAAGUUGAGGCCACUGCCUGGCAAGAAGAAAACCGAGGCUCAAUGGCAUCGCCGCAGGCGUGCAGCAGUUGCGCGGGCGACCCGAGAUGACGCCGAGUUGGUGACCCCACCCAGGCGCGCUCCUGUCGAAUUGCCACAAAGCUUGCAGAAGGAGACGGACCGUCAAAGAACCCAGGCAGGCAAGCGCAAGGCAGAAGCAUUUCUGGAUGGGUACCUUCUGGACGAGGAGAUUACUGAUUCAGUCCGUCAGGUGGCCCGAGAUCAGUUGCGUGGAAACAAUGCGAGCGAUGCGAAGCGCCGGAAGGCGUGGACUACGUACGAAGAGACAAGAAUAAUGGCCAAUGAGAUGCAAACGCGCCAGUGGGCAUUGAGGGACCUGCCUACAAAUGUGUGGCUGGACAAGACUGAGCCAGGUUUGCAUCCGGCAUGGCAAGCUAUGUUGAGGCAGGAAUGCAGGGCCUCUGUGAGCUUUUGCACUGACCUGCGGCAAGGGCAGUUGUUUGUGGUCAAGGAUUUUGGCUCCGUGCAUCGGAAGGUGCGCCUCAUGGCUGCCCUCCGAGGAGGCACCAUCUUAUCCGGGAGCGUUUUGGAAGGGCGAUCUGGUGCAAAGGUCACCUAUAAUUCAGGCUUGAUGUUGCCGGUCGCGGUGUUCACGAGCAACGAUUUCAAGACACAAGAGCCUGGGAUGACCAUGAUUUUGCGGGAUGCCUGUUCACAUGGCUGGCAGGCUGUCGCUGUGGAGGGUCUCCGUGGAAGGGGCCGAAGACCAUCUCUGCAUUUGAAAGCUUCCUCUGAAAGAGUUCAGGGGGGUUCGGGGCGUCCUAGAUCAGACAAGGAUGUGCCAAAUGAUGCUCAGCGAGAGAUGGUGAAUGACAUCAACAACUUGUCCUCGAGUUGGCGAAGGCGUCUGGGUUUGCACCCGGCGCCAUCUGAUGAAGGGAUGAUCCGCCUAGUCUCUGACUGUGCGGGGUAUGGAUCGGAUUUGAUUGCCCUGAGAUUGCUGGGCUUGCAGAAGCGGGUUCAAGUGGUGAUGAUUUCGGAGGUUGCAAAAGACAAGCGGAUUCUGCACUCCAGCGUCGCUACUGCUUGUGGCUGGUCUGAUGGACAUGGCGAAUCAGUCAGUGAUAUCAUGACGCGAAAUGACCUGACCGCGCCGCGCGCGGAUCUCUAUGUUGCGGGGUAUCCGUGCCCUUCGUUCUCUCGGCUCGGUAAACGACAGGGCGCGCGAGACCAGCGCGGCUUUGUGACUUUGAAGGGUCUUAAAUACAUAGCGGCAUCCAGACCUAGAGCUCUAAUCUUGGAGCAAGUUUCCGAGCUGCAGCAGGCCAAACACAAGCGGGUUUGGGAGUUUAUUCAAAAAAUUCUUACCAGACUGAAUUACGCUUUUGUUUGGAAAGUGUUGAGCCCAAAGCACUUCGCGGUCCCACAAUCCAGGCCUAGGACCUAUGUCGUGGCUGUGGCCCGAGAAAGCCUCCGAACCAGGGAGCUGACUUUGCCUGCUGAAAGGCCUCAUUGCUCAGAUUUGCAUCACUUCCUUGACAAAACCGUGGUUGGAAGUGAGAAGCUGGACCUGCCAGUGUACGAGGAGAAGCUGGGCAGCCAGAUGUGGGAAAGGGGCUGGGUGCUGGACGUGGGAUCAUCGCCUUCGUUCCAACAUCCGCUCAAAAAUCUAUGCCCUUGCCUGACCAAGACAAGGCUACAACAAGGAGGCUACUACGUCACCAGACUGAGGCGCAGACUCCUGGUCGAAGAGGCGGGUCGCUUGCAAAGUGUGCCUCAGCAAGUGCUGAAGCAAAUGGUGCAGGCUGCGAAUGACGCCAAUCUGCGUCAGAGAGCUGUCGACGCAGCUUUGGGGGGACGGGAUGAGCGUCGCCGUCUUGAUGUCAGCCCUUGGCGUUGCAUUGGAUGGGUCGGGAAUGACCUCGACAAUGCAGCGGAAGAGAGAUUAUUGGCUGCGAGUGCCAUGUGGUAG